UGCGUCUGCUACAGUACAAAAGAAAAUGGUGUCCCCGCCAAUUUCCUGUCUGUACGCCUGUCUGCUGUUUAACCCAGAUAUUGCAACGACUCCUCAGUUGCUUGAGAUACAGAAAUGCCUUCAGGAGUUUAUUGGUCCAGCGCCAACUGUCCAGCUAGAGUCAUUCUCUAACUGGGAAGGGUCAGCCAUUUAUGAUCACGUGUUCGUGACUAAACCGAGGACAGCUGAGGAGAUACAGAGAACUGUUUCUGCUGCUGCAACUUGUGGGAUUCAAGUGCGAGCCGUGGGCAAUGCACAUACCGCUGAUCAAGUUUGGGGUGGUAGAGGCCAUGUCCAUAUUAAUAUGUCCGAGUUGACCUUAGAAGGAGGAAAGAGAGUGAUCAUGCAGCCCGAGAUUGCAGGCAAAAAGGUCGCCUCCGUGAAAGUUGCAGCAGGAGUCACCCUGGCAGAAUUGAACAAUGAGAUUGCCAAGCAUGGCCAUGUGUUUCAUCUGGGGCCACUCAUUGGAGAAGUGACGAUAGGGGGAGCUAUUGCAACUUCAGCACAUAGUGGAUUCUACCAUGAACCGUCGAUAGGUGGCUACAUGACACGAGUGAAGCUCGUUGAUGGGCGUGGGGAUAUAAGAGAAUUCAACCAAAACUCGGAUGCAGAUGUGUUGAAAGCGUUAAGAUGCCACUUAGGACUGCUUGGCAUUUUGUUUGAAAUUGAAUUAGAAGUUAUCCAGCAGGUGGUUGUCAAUUUCCAGCACGUCUUCACUCCACUUCGGAACUUGUUUAGCCCGACCGUUCUCCGGGAUCUCAUACUCGAGAAUGACUUUGUGAAUAUGUUUUACGUACCUUACAAUUCACUUACGGAGGAGGAAGCCAAAGAAGUGACACACACUGGCACAGUACCAAGGAGUUGGGACAGCGGAAAUGAUUUAGUGCUGAUAAGGAUUAUAAACCAAAUCUCGGCCAAAAGAAAUUUUGAAGACGAAAGGCCUCCGUCCGUCCCAAAAAUCACGUAUAAUAAGGUUGCAUUCGAAGUACAGCUUUCUUAUCCCGUCUCUGUUGUGAAAAACCUCACAGACGUAUUGUUCCUCAAUAUUCUUGGGAUCCCGGCGGUUGACAGUAUGGAGUAUGUGACGGUUGAUCCGAAUUUCACCAACGGAGCAGCAGCAAUGCAGGCGUUGUCGCUGUUGCUGAAUAGAGUUUCCUACCUGAAGGGUAUACAGCCAAUGCAGGAAGGACUCUUCAGAUGGUUUAAAGGCGCAGACUGUUUCCUCUGUCCAGCCUCGAAGUCACGAUUUCGUGGUAAAAAUGGGAAGCCUGACGAGUUUGAACAUUAUGUGUCUUUUCACAGCCACAGUCAACCAACCUCUACAAUGGAAAUAAUGCAGUUUCAAGCAUUCGGAACAGCGCUUGUGACGGAAUGGGAUAAGCUUGGUCAGUACGGGCGACCUCAUUGGGGAAAAGGACUUCACGUAUUUCCAUCCUUAAAGGAACGCCUGAGAUCCAGUUACGGCGACAACUUGGAUAAGUUUAAAUCCGUCCGAAGAGAACUUGACCAGUACGGGGUUUUCACUAAUGUUUUCUUGAGAGAAUUAUUUAAUAUUAACAAGCCUUGACUUAAAUGAACGACGGACAUGUCAGUGAGUAAAAUCCGCGAAGUUAUCAAUUCCUGAAAAUCACACAAAUGUACCCAUAAGUUAUCAAGCAUACUAAAACAAAGCACACAUUUGUGUAGUCAUUUGCGAUACAUGUACAUUUGCUGUUGUCAUCCAUGUACGAGCUUUAUAUUUGAUAGAAGCCCGACCUGUU